AUGGAAGUCUCGCCUGUGACAAGCAUCGAGGCCGAGGGAAGAAAAGCUCGGAAGAGGGAAGAUGACGAGGAAAUUAAGAACAGAGUUGCCGGGUUUGCCCCACGUCCGAACCAGAACGCUACCCACAAAACGGUGAGCGCCUGGGAGGGAGUAGCCGAGCCAACCAACGGACACGUCCCUAUCUUUCGCACUCAAAGGAAUGAUGAGGUCACAAGGAAUAUUCUGACGGGCAACGCUGGUGUGCGGAUUGUCUUUGAGCUGCGUGGAAGGAUGUAUAGCACCUUACACGCUAUGGUAAAGUACGAUGAGUUUGAACUUUUGUCUAUCGAGGGAUGA